AUGGAAUUUACAAAUUUAGCAGAGUAUGCACCUAAUUUGAGACCGACAGAGAGAGAAAAAGUGAGAAGGUUCAUUGAAGGCUUGAAUCCAUAUAUGGCAAAAGAUAUGACUUCACAUCAGGAUGACAAGACUUAUCUUCAGGUUGUCAAUAUCGCUACGCGUAAGGAGGCUUUUGAUAAAAUUGCUAGGGAAGCUAGAGAAAAUGGCAAGAAGGCUAGAACCACAGGGAAGGCUUCAGCAACUCAGGCAGCAUCCACAGGUAAUUUAUUAGUAGAAGCUCCUCCAGUUCGGGCACCUAAUGCUCAGACUAGGCGUGGUGCCAAUAGAGGUGGAGCUCAGGGAAGAGGCAGACCAGCCAGAUUCUAUGCAGUUCCAGACAGGCAGAAUGCGGAGGCGUCUAACAAAAUUGGAAAAGCACCAGAACCAUUAGGGGUCCCGUUUAAGGUUUCCACACCUAUAGGAGAAUAUGUUAAAGUUGAGUAUAUAUUUAGAAAUUGCAUCAUCAUCGUUCAGGGCCGAGAAACAUUAGCUGAUUUGAACUUGUUAGAUAUGGUUGACUUUGACAUCAUAGNCAAUUUGAACUUGUUAGAUAUUGUUGACUUUGACAUCAUAGCUGGCAUGGACUGGUUAUCUUCUUGUCAUGCUAUAGUUAAUUGCCACGCGAAGACCGUUAAAUUCUCAUUUAUUGGGGAAAAUCCAGUUAUAAUUAGAGGUGAAGUGGGUACGCCUGUGGGUAAGUUUAUUUCUUACCUUAAGGCUAGAGAGCUAGUGAAUAAUGGGUGUUUGGCGUAUCUAGCACAUGUGCGGGAUAUGAAGGCCGACUCCCCAAUGCUUGAAUCAAUACAUAUUGUGAAAGAGUUUCCAGAAGUGUUUGCAGAUGAUCUCCUAGGGAUACCACCAGAUAGGGAGAUUGAGUUUGGCAUAGGCAUAUUAUCAGGAACUCAGCCAAUCUUGAUUCCUCCUUACAAAAUGGUUCCAGCUGAGCAAAAUGAACUCAAGAAGCAAUUAUAUGACCUUUUAUAUAAAGGUUACUACCGUCAUUUUGUAGAAGGGUUCUAUUCGGUAGCUACCCCCUUGACAACGUUAACUCAGAAAAAUGUGAAGUUUCAAUGGUCUGAAGCUUGUGACAAAAGUUUUCAAGAACUCAAGAACAGGUUGACCAAUGCACCAGCAGCUUUUAUGGACUUAAUGAACAGAGUCUUCAUGCCUUUCUUACAUACCUUUGUCAUACUAUUUAUCGAUGAUAUACUGGUGUUCUCGAGUGAAGACAUUAGAGUAGACCCGCAGAAAAUAGAAGCAGUUAAGAGUUGGCAUAAGCCGACGACCCCCACAGAGAUUCACAACUUUCUGGGAUUGGCAGGAUCUGAGACAGGCCCUAGUGGAGGAUCUAUCAUCGCACACCCACGUUAUCCAGAGGCAUAG